UUUUCUCAAAACUUUUAUUCUGAAAGUCCCAGACGCACUCUUUUAUUUCCGUAUUUGCGUCCUUCCUGCAUGCUGCCUCUUCAUUGCUUCUUUAUACUUCAUUCUGACAUUGAUCCUAAAUAAAUAAUUAUGUCUCUGGAGGUGGAAUCUGCGGACGUGAUCCGUCUGAUAAUGCAGUACCUUAAAGAAAACAAUCUGCACCGCACUCUGGCCAGUUUGCAAGAAGAGACAACAGUUUCUCUGAACACUGUGGACAGUAUAGACAGCUUUGUGGCAGACAUCAACAGUGGUCACUGGGACACAGUUCUGCAAGCCAUCCAGUCGCUCAAGCUGCCUGAUAAAACCCUUGUAGACCUUUAUGAACAGGUUGUGUUAGAGCUGAUUGAGCUGAGAGAACUGGGUGCAGCUCGCUCACUUCUCAGGCAGACAGACCCCAUGAUCAUGCUCAAACAAACCCAACCAGAGAGAUACAUUCACCUGGAGAAUCUGCUGGCACGUUCGUACUUUGAUCCCAGAGAGGCAUAUCCUGAUGGCAGCAGUAAAGAGAAACGUCGAGCCGCCAUUGCCCAGGCUCUGGCUGGAGAAGUCAGUGUUGUGCCACCAUCUCGUCUCUUAGCUCUGCUGGGACAGUCACUGAAGUGGCAACAGCACCAGGGUCUCCUUCCUCCUGGUAUGACCAUUGACUUGUUCAGAGGUAAAGCUGCUGUGAAAGAUGUGGAGGAGGAACGCUUCCCAACUCAACUCAGCAGACACAUCAAGUUUGGACAGAAAUCUCAUGUGGAGUGUUCACGGUUCUCCCCUGAUGGUCAGUACCUGGUCACUGGCUCUGUGGAUGGUUUCAUUGAGGUUUGGAACUUCACCACAGGCAAAAUCAGAAAGGAUCUCAAGUACCAGGCUCAAGAUAAUUUCAUGAUGAUGGAUGAUGCAGUGUUGUGUAUGUGCUUCAGUCGAGACACAGAGAUGUUGGCCACUGGAGCGCAGGAUGGAAAAAUCAAGGUGUGGAAGAUCCAGAGUGGUCAGUGUCUGAGAAGGUUUGAGAGAGCGCACAGUAAAGGAGUUACAUGUAUCACCUUCUGUAAAGACAGCAGCCAGCUCCUCAGUGCCUCCUUUGACCAGACAAUCAGAAUCUUGGGGCUGAAAUCUGGAAAGACUCUGAAGGAGUUUCGCGGGCAUUCAUCCUUUGUAAAUGAAGCCACCUUCACUCCAGAUGGACACCACAUUAUCAGUGCUUCUUCUGACGGUACAGUGAAGAUGUGGAAUGUGAAGACCACGGAGUGCACCAGCACAUUCAAACCUCUAGGUUCUUCUGUGGGUACUGACAUCACAGUGAACAAUGUGAUCCUGCUGCCAAAGAACCCAGAGCACUUUGUAGUGUGUAACCGCUCCAACACUGUGGUCAUCAUGAACAUGCAGGGACAGAUCGUCAGAAGUUUCAGCUCUGGUAAGAGAGAAGGCGGAGACUUUGUGUGCUGCACUCUGUCACCCCGCGGCGAGUGGAUCUACUGCGUGGGUGAAGAUUUUGUGCUGUACUGCUUUAGCACAGUCACAGGCAAACUGGAGAGAACGCUGACGGUCCAUGAAAAAGAUGUGAUUGGCAUUGCCCACCACCCUCACCAGAACCUGAUCAGCACCUAUAGUGAAGAUGGACUCUUAAAGCUCUGGAAACCUUAAGUUACUUACCCUAAAUUUUUCUCUCUCUGGACUUUUUUUUUUUUUUGCUUUUCAUGCAGUUGUAAAGGCCUUGUCGCUUCACUCAGUCACAACCUUAAAUACAUUUAGCUGCAUGUGUGCGCGCGUGUGUGUGUGUGUCUGUUAUACAUAAACAUGUACAGUUGUUGUUUUUUUAAUUUUUGUAAAGCAGAAAUAAAGAAAGUUCAGCUAAAUGUUGACAGUUAUUACCAGCAGUUCUGUUUCUGUAGCUAAAUAAGUAGCUUUCAUUCCACUUCAAAUGUAUUGUUAUUCCAUUAAUUAAAAAAUAUUUUUUCUCACUGUGAAAA